AUGGCUGCCUCUUCCUCCCGCUCCCUGGAAUAUCUGGAGAGCCUCCCAGGGACCGUAUUUCUCAAGCUAUAUCAACAACCUUCAACUGCGCUGGCGAUCUUUCGACGGAUGCUGCCCCAUCUAGCAAAAUGCUUUGUGAUGGCGCUUCUCUAUUUGAAAGAUCCGCUCCCAGCAGCUGAGCUUGAGUUAUGGGUCAAGACGGAGAGCAAGCGCGAGAGAGACAACGCUCUAUCGAUCCUGAGCCGAUUACAUAUCCUUUCAAGCACAACCACUGCAAACCACGUUCGAGCGUUUAUGGUUACAAACCCUUUCUCCUCGUCUCUCCGGCAAGCUCUCACUGGAGGGGAUAAGCAACAAUCAUUUGGAGUGAUAUCCACUACGCCAGACCCGCAACCAAUGACUAUCGCCGACCUAGACGACUAUGCCAGGCGGCAAUGGGAAGGAGUUCUUGGCUACAUGGUUGGGACAAACACACUGGGUAUUCAACGUGAGAGCGUGACGCUCAGCAAGGGAGUCAAAUCCCUUCUUCAGGCCUGCCAUCUGGUCGAAGUGCGGGACCGCAGAGUAGAAAUCACCAAAGAAGGAUUCGCCUUCGUUCUCCAAGAUGUUAAUACGCAGGUCUGGCACAUUCUCGUGCUCUACGUUGAAAACGCCGAGGCUAUCGGAAUGGAUAGCGUCGAAGUGCUCUCAUUCCUCUUCCUCCUUAGCAGUCUAGAACUUGGACAGUCCUACGAAAAGCAACAUUUGAGCUCAACACAACUUCGCACUCUCGCCGACCUCACUGAUUUCGGAAUUGUUUACCAGCACUCCCCAGCUUCGGAAGCUACUCGUUUUUACCCUACCCGUCUCGCAACCACCCUCACAUCCGACUCCAUGGCCCUUGCCAGCCCAAUGUCAGUCCAUCCGUCGGGCCGUGGAAAUGGGCAUCACAGCUGA